GCAGCGUGCAGCGUGUGGUGGUGCUCGGUGAAUGAGACAGCAACUCCUCUUAGAGCGAGCAGAGGAGCUCCGAGUUCUCCUGUUGAAUCCAGAGUGAGUCCAGCAGCCCCAGUGGACAUCUGCUGGAUUUCAGGACAAGAGAGAAAUGGAGGAGGACAACCAGAACCAGGAGCAGCGGAGCAACAAGGUCCCCAGAAGACAAGCAGCAGACUGGGACUCUGAUACCAGCCAUGUUCAGGAGCCCUCAGCAGACGUCAAGCUGGCGACCAGAGCAGGAAAGAAGGGCAUAAAGGCCGAGGAGGAGCAGCCUACAGCACCUCCUGCAGCAGCAGUGAAGAAGGAGGAAGAGGAGGAGUAUAUGGUGGAGAAAAUUUUGGACUGCAGAGUGGUGAAUGGAAGAGUAGAGUUUCUGCUGAAAUGGAAGGGGUUCUCAGAUGAGGAUAACACAUGGGAGCCGCAAGACAACCUGGACUGCCCCGACCUUAUCACAGAGUACAUGCAGAAACACAAGGAGAAGGAGGAGAAGAAGAAGCAGGGCAAGAGGAAAGUUGUCAGUGAGGCUUUGGGAGACUCAGGGGAGCGAGGGAGUAAGAGGAAGAAGAAGGAGGACCCCUCAGCAGACGUCAAGCUUGCGACCGGAGCAGGAAAGAAGGGCAAGAAGGCCAAGGAGGAGGAGCAGCCUACAGCACCUCCUGCAGAAGCAGCAGUAGCAGUGAAGAAGGAGGAAGAGGAGGAGUAUAUGGUGGAGAAAAUUUUGGACCGCAGAGUGGUGAACGGAAGAGUAGAGUUUCUGCUGAAAUGGAAGGGGUUCUCAGAUGAGGAUAACACAUGGGAGCCACAAGACAACCUGGACGUCGACCUUAUCACCGAGUACAUGCAGAAACACAAGGAGAAGGAGAAGAAGAAGGAGGGCAAGAGGAAAGUUGUCAGUGAGGCUUUGGGAGACUCAGGGGAGCGAGGGAGUAAGAGGAAGAAGAAGGAGGACACCUCAGCAGACGUCAAGCUGGCGACCGGAGCAGGAAAGAAGGGCAAGAAGGCCGAGGAGGAGGAGCAACCUGCAGCACCUCCUGCAGAAGCAGCAGUAGCAGUGAAGAAGGAGGAAGAGGAGGAGUAUAUGGUGGAGAAAAUUUUGGACCGCAGAGUGGUGAACGGGAGAGUAGAGUUUCUGCUGAAAUGGAAGGGGUUCUCAGAUGAGGAUAACACAUGGGAGCCGCAAGACAACCUGGACUGCCCCGACCUUAUCACCGAGUACAUGCAGAAACACAAGGAGAAGGAGAAGAAGAAGAUGGAAGGCAAGAGGAAAGUUGUCAGUGAGGCCUCGGGAGACUCAGAGGAGCGAGGGAGUAAGAGGAAGAAGGAGGAGGUGAGUGAAGGAAAGAGGUUACUCUAG